GUAGAUUUGUUUAUUCACUCUAAAACUAUAUUAAUUCUAAGAACUCUCUCUCUCGAUCAUUAUCAUCAUCUCCAUAUCAUCAUGUCUUCAAACAAAAACUGGCCUAGCAUGUUCAAAUCCAAACCCUGCAACAGUCAUCAUAAUCAUCAUGAAAUCGAUACACCAUCAUACAUGCAGUACUCUAAUUGCAACAUAUCUUCUCCAUUUUCCUCAGAUCGUGUACCAGAUCCAAAACCGAGAUGGAACCCUAAGCCGGAGCAGAUUCGGAUACUCGAAUCAAUUUUCAAUUCGGGUAUUGUAAACCCACCUAGAGACGAGAUACAAAAAAUCAGGAUCCGACUUCAGGAAUAUGGUCAAAUCGGAGACGCAAACGUGUUUUACUGGUUUCAAAACCGGAAAUCUCGAGCAAAACACAAGCUUCGUGUUCUUCAAAAAAACCCUAAAAUGUCCAAGAAGGAGAAGAUCAUUACUCUUAAUGAUGCCGAUCCUUGUUUUGGUUUGGUUAACCAAAAAAACGAUUUAUUUCCGGGUCAAAACAGUGAAUUUGUGUUGACUGAACCGGCCAGUUUUCUAUUUCCGGUGCACAAUGAUCCGAGCACGGCUCAAUCAGGGUUUGGUUUUACUGAUUUUGUUGUGCCGGUGGUAACUGAAGAGGGGUUCUCCGCUGUUAAUAACGGCGUUAAUUUGGAGAUCGAUGGAUAUUUAGAUAAUAUUCCGGUGAACAAUUUUUACGGCGGCGAUGGAAACGGCGGUGGAAAUUGCUCUUCUCCUAUUUCGGCUCCUGCUACUAUUCCUUUAACCAUCAAUCAAUCUCAAGGGAAUGUAGUACUAUCCGGUGGUGGAGACGGCGGAGAUUGUAUUUCUCCCGUGAGAUUGACUGUGUUCAUCAACGACAUGCCUUUUGAAAUGGUGGCCGGAUUGUUCAACGUAAGAGAGGCUUUUGGAAACGACGCUGUUUUGAUCAACUCGUUUGGGCAACCUAUUCUCACCGAUGAAUUUGGUGUUACUUUUCAACCUCUUCAGAACGGCGCCGUUUAUUACCUUAUUUAGAAGAUGGUGAAGAUCAAGUGUUAUGGUCCUAUGGACGAAUAUUAAUACAAUAAGAAAUUUAUGUGAGUUAUUUAGCUACCAAUUAUAUAAAGUUCGUUCUUUUCUAAAAAAAAAAAAAAAAUUUACAUUUUCGAGAAUUUGGAAAGUCAAGAAAAAACGUUACGGUUUUAUUAAAGUUUGUUCCCAAUGUAAUGUACCAUUCUUAAUGUUCGGCUUUAUUUUUUAGUUUUUCUUUUCUCUCGAAAA